GUUUAUUAUUUUAUUUCUAUCUCCACCACCUUCGAGGCCCCUACCUUUACCCUUGUUCCUCCCCUGUUUCCACGAAUUCUCACGACAUUUGCUCCGAUUCCUCGGCCCGAUCGACCGAGUUCGUUCCAUCUCCGGCCAUUUUCGGAGCAAAUCUUCGAUUAUUUGGUCUCCGCGUCCUCGAUUUCUCUCAAAAAUGGGAAGAAGUUCGACACUCUGUGGCUAAUUUGGGGAAUCUUCUUCGUUCUUAGGGUUCCUUCGAGCUCUUUCUCGAUUCGGUUCGAUUUUUUGGCAGAUAAAGCUCCCAUCUUGCGACUUUUCGUGUUUUAUUAUUUCAAUCGGGAAAAAAUCAUCCUUUUUUGGAUUCCUAGCUGAAAUUUUCGUUCAUCGUUCUCUGUUUGCUCAUCUUUGUUGUUUUAAAUUUUCUCGCUUUAGAUCAGCCAAAAAAAUCCCGUUUUCUUGAUUUCUGUUCGAUUUUCUCUGGAAAGUUCGUAUUUUUCCCGAUCCUAGUCUCAAAAAUCUCUUUUUUCUACGAUUUAUAAGACUUUCUGGUGUUAGUUUAUGACCUUGUGAUCCAGUUCUCACUUCGGUUCCGUUCGAUCUAUUCUCCUUUCGAGCUUUCUGGGAUCUUUUCUAUUUUCUUUAUAGCAAUCAAAUGGCUCGGGAAAGCUGUAAUCUUGACAAAGAUGAGGCCGAGAUCCUCAAACCCUCCUCAUCUUCUUCCCCUUCUCCUUCUCCACCGUCCCCUCCUCCAUCCUCAUCAUCGCCUUCUUCUUUAUUCGGCAAACCCUGCGAGGAAUUACCUGUCCAGAGGCCCGAGAGGCCGGAGACUGCCGCCGCGGAGGCCUCGGCAACAGUCGCCGUCGCCUCGGAAGCGGCCGCCGCGGUCUCGAGCACACCAAAGCCCGAAGAGGAACCUCAGUCACCCGUUCGGUUUAGUAACAGGUGCUCCACCUGCCGGAAAAGGGUGGGGCUGACCGGAUUCCGGUGCCGGUGCGGCGAUCUCUUCUGCGGCCGCCACCGAUACUCCGACACUCAUAACUGUUCUUUUGAUUACAAGGCGGCUGGUAGAGAGGAGAUUGCAAAGGCCAACCCUGUGGUUAGAGCUGCUAAGAUCAUCAAGAUCUAAGUUUUGAAAAAGGAUGGGCUAGAAAAGAUGCUGUGGCUCACAUUUCUGUUGUAUGGUGGAAAAGAUGGCUUUGUUAUUGUGGAGGAGCCCUUGUUUCUUUGUUGAAGAUAUGGUUUAGGAUUCUCUGUUGGUUGUGGGAUUGGAUCAAUGCCUCUAAAGGUUGCAGUUUUGAAGCUAAUACUCUGAAAAUUGUUGUUUAGGUGAUUGCUUUCAGAGGUUCGGAUUCUUGAAUUGGUUAAAAUAGUCAAGAGGUACAAGGAAUAUAUGGUUAGCCAUUUUGAUGGAGAUACAAGUUCUUGGUUUGAUGCCUCUCGCAGGAACACUUAAUUUGAUCUUUUCAAUGGAUCAAGACUUCGUUUUCAUCACUUUGCAGAAGAAUAUGUGUGUCUCGGAGUGAAAAAAAAAGGCAAUUGAUUUGAUGAUCCACAGAUUCAGUAUCAUCAAUUACAGAUGUACAAAUGAAAUAUCUAUGAAACAUGUGAAGUUCAUGAUUCCUGCAA